UUUGAUCACAACCACCUAGCUUUACACAAUAGAGUAGUUGUCCUUCAACUCUUGAUCAUCAAUGGCUUGUUUGGAUGUGUGCAAAGAGGUGAAGUUCAAUGAGGAAGAUGAAGAAUACACUGCAACUCUUGAUGGAACAGUUGAUUGGCAAGGACGUCCUGCUAUUAGAGGAAAAUCAGGAAAAUGGGUUGCUGGAAUUAUCAUUCUCCUGAACCAGGGACUGGCUACCCUAGCAUUCUUUGGAGUUGGGGUUAAUCUGGUGUUGUUCCUGACAAGAGUUCUACAGCAAAACAAUGCUGAAGCAGCUAACAGUGUUAGCAAAUGGACUGGCACAGUCUACAUUUUCUCUCUUGUGGGUGCCUUUCUAAGUGAUUCAUACUGGGGAAGAUACAAGACUUGUGCCAUAUUUCAAGUCAUCUUUGUCAUAGGUUUGGUAUCACUAUCUCUGUCAUCAUACCUAUUCUUGAUCAGACCGCGAGGCUGCGGCGAUGAAGACACACCUUGCGGGUCUCAUUCGAGCUUGGAAAUAGGGUUAUUUUACCUCUCUAUCUACCUUGUCGCCCUCGGAAAUGGAGGUUAUCAACCUAACAUAGCUACAUUUGGGGCAGAUCAGUUUGAUGAAGAGGACCCUAAGGAAGGACAAUCUAAGGUUUCUUUUUUUAGCUACUUCUACCUAGCUUUGAACCUUGGUUCCCUCUUCUCAAACACCAUUUUAGGCUACUUUGAGGACGGAGGGAUGUGGGCGCUCGGAUUCUGGGCGUCUGCAGGCUCUGCCUUUGCAGGAUUAGUCUUGUUUCUCCUAGGAACUCCGAGGUAUCGAUACUUCAAACCGACAGGUAAUCCCCUCUCCAGGUUCUGCCAAGUCUUGGUCGCUGCGACAAGGAAAUGGAAGGCUGUGAUUUCGUCGGGUGAAGAGGGUUUGUAUGACUUGGAUGGCAAAGAAUGUUCUAUGAAUGGUAACAGAAAGAUACUCCACACUCAUGGCUUCAAGUUCUUAGAUAAAGCAGCGUAUAUCACAUCAGGAGACAUCGAUGACCAGAAGCGGGGUUUCCUCAACCCGUGGAAUCUCUGCCCUCUAACCCAAGUAGAAGAGGUUAAAUGCGUACUCAGACUACUACCAAUAUGGCUCUGCACUAUAAUUUACUCGGUUGUUUUCACACAAAUGGCAUCCCUCUUUGUGGAGCAAGGUGCAGCCAUGAAGACUACCAUCUCAAACUUCCGAAUCCCACCUGCAAGCAUGUCUAGCUUCGACAUUCUAAGCGUCGCACUCUUCAUUUUCAUUUACCGAAGAGUCCUUGAUCCACUAAUUUGCAGAUUAAAAAAGAAAAGUUCUGCAGGGCUUACUGAGCUUCAAAGAAUGGGAGUUGGUCUUGUCAUAGCAAUACUAGCAAUGCUUUCGGCAGGAAUUGUGGAGUGCUACAGACUUAAGUAUGCCAGAAAGGAUUGCACACACUGUGAAGGUUCAAGUUCAUUGAGCAUCUUUUGGCAAGUUCCUCAAUACGCAUUCGUAGGAGCUUCAGAGGUGUUCAUGUAUGUGGGUCAGCUGGAAUUCUUCAACGCACAAACACCAGAUGGAUUAAAGAGCUUUGGAAGUGCACUUUGCAUGACAUCGAUCUCGCUAGGGAACUAUGUCAGUAGCUUGCUCCUAACUAUGGUUAUGAAGAUUUCGACAGAGGAUCAUAUGCCUGGAUGGGUGCCUGGAAAUCUCAACAAGGGACAUCUAGACAGAUUUUAUUUCCUAUUAGCCGGUUUAACAAGUAUAGACUUGGUUGUUUACAUGGUAUGUGCCAGGUGGUACAAGUGUAUCAAGCUGGAAGGAAAAUUUGGAGGGAACACUAAAGAAGAGAACUAUGAAGUCUGAAGUAUUUGGUCAAAACAUCAGCCUGCAGAAUGUUAAGGUUUACUGUAACUGCAUAUAUGAAUAAGAGGGAUGGAAAGCAAAGACUCUGUAGAUAUUUUCCGUCAACUAGAAAGAUGGGUGUUAUGAGAGUAGGGAACCAGUUCAUGACCACAACUCUCAGACAUCCGCAUUUCUCCUAUUCCAAACACCCAGCUUGUAAUUUCUUUCGGUCAAAGUUGUUUUUAGAUGUAGGAGAGUGAGUGAGAGUGAGUGCAGGCUGUGUUGAGGUGGGUGGCUUUUGGUUCAAGGUCUUUGAAAAUCUUCCCACCUCUUAUUUGCUGGUUUCCAAUGAAAGCAAGGACAUAACUUGUAUGGAAAUUUUAAUGUCAACUUGCAUUAACUAAGAUAUUCAUAUGAAUCACAAUCAGGAUUCUGGUA